AGCAGCUUUGGCUGACUGAUAAGGCCGGGGCCGGAUCAUAAAGGAUUAAGAAGGUUGUUGGCGGGGGAGACCCCUCCCAAAGUCAGAGCUCUGGCUUGACGGGCUUGGGGAGGCAAUGGAUCCCAUCCCUUUGCAGAAGCGGGGGCAGGAUGGCGAGGCCUGCUGGCUGACAUUGCAGCUCAUGUCGCACAAUUCUAGGGGUGUCUGGACAAACAUGGAAGCUCGUGGAAGGGAAUCUGGGAGGAGAUACCCUCCAGAUCUUCUGCUCCUGGUCCCGAGGCUGCUGCCUUUCUUGGCCUCCUGUGCUCUCUACUUCCUGCUGUGGCUGCCCUUGGCCCAGCCCAGCGGCACCAGCGCCCUGGUCAAAUGCCUCCCUGUCCUCUGUCUGGCGCUCUUUGUCCACACCACCGCCCCCUCUGGGCCCUACGGCAGAUUCAUCUGGGCAGGCCUCCUCUGCUCCGCCCUAGGGGAUGUUUUCCUCAUCUGGCCCAGUCAGUUCCUUUUGGGCAUGGCAGCCUUCGCCCUGGCUCAUCUCUUCUAUCUCGGGGCACUGGGCUGGGUGCUGGUGCGCCCUGUACUCCUGGGGCCUGUGGCAGCUGUCUUUGGCCUCUACCUUGGGCUCCUACAGCUUCACCUCCCCUCUGCCCUGCGCCUGCCUGUGGCCGCCUACGUGGCUGUCCUGGCUCUGAUGCUGUGGCGGGCGCUGGCCCGCGGGAGAUGCGCCGCCCUUGGAGGUCUGUUCUUUAGCAUUUCGGACGCCGUCCUGGCCUGGGACACCUUCGUCGGGCCCCUGCCUCCAGGCCGUGCCAUCGUCAUGGUCACCUAUUACGCGGCCCAAGCCCUGCUGGCUCUGUCAGCUGUGGAGGGCAGGGCCCCCAAAGCGGACUGACCUUGUGAGUCCCGUCACCACAGUGACAGACUCCAGAAACGCGCUGACCCUGCCCGGCUCAGCCUCUUCUCCCAGCCCUCCGGCCAACCCAUCACCCAGGCCUCCUGGGACGGCUGCCCCCCCAUCCCCAGCUCCAUCCUCCUUACCCACAAUCCUUUUGGUUCCCACACUGCUCCACCAUUGCCCACAAGCCCCUUGACUGAAAUGGUUUUUCCCCAUGACCCACCACCCUCCUGGUUUGGAAGCUGCUUCUAUCUCCAUUGCCCUCUAGGUCCCUGAUGUGUGAUGACCGAUCCUCCAUUGUCCACACCCCCACUUUCCCUGACCCUCAGUAAAGUUGC